GACAGCUGCCAACUGGAUGCACCUGGUGACUUGCAGCUGGUACUCCUGGGCUUCCGAGACAUCCCCGACUCGGGCGCAGCUGAGAUCGUGACUGCCGUGGUGCACGGCUGCGUGUCAUGGGUUUUUCAGCUUUUGAUGGAGCCGCAAGAUCCAAACAUGAACUUCGGCAACGGCCAGAGGCUGCUUCAACUUGCAGCGAAGGCCGGUCGCUCGGAUGUGGUACGCUUGCUUCUGGAGGCUGAAGCAGACCAGGAGCUAGUUGAUGGCAGCGGCCGCACUGCCCUGUCUUGGGCCGCCGGCAAGGGGCGCCUGGAGACAGCGUGCCUAUUGCUGGAAGCCAAGGCCAACAUGGACGUUGUUGAUCA